AUGGUUCAGGAUCUCUCAAGUGCCCGCGGGGCACCAGUUUCGGGUAACGGUUCAGGAGGUUUUUCAGCUGUCCAGGGAAGAAAAAAGAAGAAUAAGGGUGCUCGUCUUGUAGUGGAUGGUUCUUGUUUGGGAUUUCGCGCUACAUCUGAUCCGAACAGAGUGAAUCAAGGAGAAAUAGAGACUGUAGCACUGACACCAGGCCAGAAGAAGUAA